AUGCUGUGUGGCUUUCGACUUCUUACUAUAAUUUCUGCUGGUAUAUUGCACGAUAAUAUCUAUUUGUUAAUAAAAAAUAUCGAAAUGUCCGAAUUCAUUUACGUCAAUGGAGCAAAAAACCUGCAUGUACAUUCCUUUCCUGUUGUAUUAAAAUGUUUGCCUGGAAAAAACAUCCGCCCGUCAAGACUGCCAAAUGAAUACAAACUUCCAUGUGACAAGAAAAUAAUAACUAGAGCAAGUGAGGCAAUAAACAGAGAAGAAGAUGGUAGCUCUAAAGCAAAAUUUCCCGUCAAAUUAAUCACGGAAUGGAUAUUGAUACCUGUAGACUCGUACCUUUUCGUUAUUCCCGAUUCUCCAAAAUCAUACAUUUGUAGUCAUUAUUUAUUCCCUAGAUUGCAAAUGUGUGAAUUACCUGGCGGGAAGGGUGUUUGGUUAAGAAAAAAAUACAUUCCUGCUAGCUUAAUGUUUCUACAUACUUUUGCAUAUAUAUUCAGUGUUGACGUAAAUCAAAAGAAGCUUACCUUUUCCAAUAUGAAGGCUGAACGCAAUGAUUGUGAGAAUUUUAUCAGCAGUGAUUAUGUGCAUGUUUUACCACUUCUCGCAUAUGUGAAUUAUAGAGAAAUGUGUAUGCUAAUUACCCCUAUGGUUCAAGAAAAUUAG